AUGGAUGUCGUGCAUAAGUCGAUAAGACAUAUAUUGAUCAUAUCCUAUCCGAGUAUAUCUACAUGUAAGUAUUUGUCAAGCCCUGUGAUAUCGGAUUGUGCUUUCCCUGGUUUUAAAGUCGCUGCUUUGGUAAUUGGACCUAAUUCUCUCCUCAGGGUUAACUGCUCAUUUUAUUUUAAGAUCGGAGCAUGUCGCCAUGGAGACCGAUGCUCGCGUCUUCACAACAAGCCAACCUUCAGCCAGACCAUCGCUUUGUUGAACAUUUACCGCAAUCCUCAGAAUUCCUCGCAGUCUGCUGACGGGUUAAGAUGUGCGGUCAGUGAUGUGGAGAUGCAGGAACACUACGAUGAAUUCUUUGAGGAAGUCUUUACAGAAAUGGAAGAGAAGUACGGAGAAGUGGAGGAGAUGAACGUUUGUGAUAACCUGGGAGAUCACUUGGUUGGGAACGUAUAUGUGAAGUUUCGCCGAGAAGAAGAUGCAGAAAAAGCUGUAAAGGACCUAAAUAACCGCUGGUUUAAUGGGCAACCAAUUCAUGCAGAGCUGUCGCCAGUCACGGACUUCAGGGAGGCCUGCUGCCGUCAGUAUGAGAUGGGGGAGUGUACACGAGGUGGUUUCUGCAACUUCAUGCAUCUAAAGCCAAUCUCUCGAGAACUGCGCAGGGAGCUAUAUGGACGGCGCAGAAAGAAGGACAGACCGCAGGGCAGAAUAGAAAUAAACAAGCACCGCUCGCGAUCUAGAUCCCGUGAACGCCGCUCUCGUUCCAAAGACCGUGGGAGGGGAGGUGGUGGUGGUGGAGGAGGAGGAGGAGGAGGUGGUGGAAGGGACAGGGAACGCCGGAGGUCUAGAGAUCGUGAAAGGUCGGGUCGCUUCUGAGCCCGGAUUUUUAUUCCAUACUGUGGGGAACCCAGGAGGUCCAGGCGGGCGGGAGGCUGCUGUCAGUGGUCUCGGGGGUGGGGGUGAUCUUUUUCAUUGUAUUUUUUUCCCUUUUUGUUUUUUUAAGUGGGGAUUCUGAAUAAACAUUUGUAGUGAUCCACUAA